AUGUAUAUUAUAUAUAACAAUAUCACGGAUGAAUUCAAAAACUACCGCAACAUUCAAAAAUCGCAAAUACACCCGAGAAGGAAGAGAAUAUCGGAGGCAAUAAGAACAAAAAAUUUUGAGGACAUAAGAUCACUCCUGGACAUUCACUUCGUGGACGAGUCAACGGUAAAGUGUGACAUAUGCGGACACCUGCUCAACUCAGGCCAGCUGUGUAACGAAACGUUCUGCCGCGAUUGCAAAUAUGAAAUAUCGCUGUUCAAAGGGUCUAAAUUGUACAAACCGAUAAUGGUAUCAUCGUGUAGAGACUGCUAUGUAUACUACAGAAGACUUCUGUUCUCAGUUGAGGAUAAGGGCCCGGAGGAUACGAACCUGAUGAACGUGUUUAACCACUAUAAAGCAGUGUUGGAAAUAUACAAGGACCUGAACACAAAAUUGCUGCAGCUUAAGGGGUAUCUGAAGCUGCUGACAAUACAUAACAUGCUAAAGGAGCCGCUGCCAGAAGGCACAAAGAAAUCAAUCAUAAACCUGUUAACAGAAACCACAAACAGUAAAAAGAAACUGUCAAACAUAAAGGCAGAACUGAAAGAUCAAAGCAGUUCGGAAGGGUCAAUAGUGACCUCGCACGUCAUCAAGUCGCUGAACACGCUGCUGACGAGCAUGAUGUACAAAAUAGUGCCAGAAUUCAAUUCGCUGAAAAAUAAACUGAAGAGCUUCGAAGAGAAUAAGCAGGGGUAG